AAAAUAAAGGUAUUAUUUAUAUGAUGGAUCGCCCUGGAGGAGUUGUCUCACGAUUGACUAAAAAAGCCAAUUUAGAAGCACCAAUAUACAUUGAAGAAAAAAUAGAAAGUGAUGAAUUGGAAACUCAAGUUUUUAGGAAAAACAUUAUAGGAGUUCGAUUACCAUUUGCAGAAACAACACCAACUCCUAGGCUUUCUCUUGAAACAAAUAAGUAA